AUGGGGUUUCUUUCCCGCAGGCACACCAAGAAGGCUGCGGACGCGUCCGCUGAGCCGCCUCUAUCCGGAAGGCCCUCCCUAAUCGCGUCCGACACCCACAGCAGCAGCGGGAGGGACAAGGACAGCUCCAGUGAGGACCAACAUGCCCGUUCGCCAUGGGCGUUGUUCACCACCUCCAUCAUCCCCGAACCCCUCCACGAGUUGCCAUCAUGGUUUCGCACCGAUCUCGAUGCGUGGUCCUGCUCCUCCGUCAGCUCCUUCAGGUCCAGGUAUCCGAUGCACAGUCCGGCUGGUCCUCGUUGGUAUCGCAAUCACCACCUCUAUCCGCCCAAGGAAAAUCCCCAGCCAUCGCAGUUCUCUCCCUCUUUCCCGCCCAUGCUAUCUGGUACAGAACGCUCCCAGGAGUCCAUCCGGCUCCCAGGGGCCAACAGACCACCAUCUACGUCACCCUCGCCGACUCCCAAUUCCUCGCAGCUACGUAUCAUGGACCCCAAUGGAAAAGUCAGGACUCGCAAGCUCUCUCAGACUGACAAUGUGGACAUGUUAGAUGUAACUGACCCUUGGGGCCAAAAUUGGCACCAUGAGUCUCCGUAUGAUGUUGGCUUGGGCGAUCGUAACGUCGUCUCAGAUUCAGAGAGUGAUCCUCGCGUGCGCCGAAUGAGUUUGAAUGCCAAUACCAGCCGUCACAGGACUGUAACACCUUCACCCUUAUCACAGUCAACGUCUGCCCUACAUCUGAAUGCAGUUGAUUCAGAGAGUCCUCACAUUCCUCGUCGGCUGAGCAAACGUCGCAAGCCGUUCGUUGGUCUUUUCAGUGGACAUUCUGAGGACGGUGAACAUGUUCGUGCGAAGUCAUCGUCCGCACCGCCCUCCUCAGCGACCUCGCCUUUGUUCAAGGACGAAGUCGCGCGGAAGAAAACGUCCAGACGCAAGUCCACUGCUGGCCUUCCGUUGACGUCUCCAUCACUCUCAUCUCUGAAUGUCGACUCAGACCGCAAGGAGAAGCAUGGCAGCUUUAUGGGCCGACUCGCAAGACGGCUUAGCGCAAUGCGCCAACCUGACAAGGGCAGGCUUUCAGAUGGUAUCGACAAUGGCUCACCAAAUGAAGUUGCUCCUAACGCUGAUCCCAGGCCAGCAACAUCAGGUGCUGAGGCAUCGGCGGAGCCCGCAAAUCACGAAGACAUUCGUUCUGGAGGAAGCCUCGCGUUCCCGCAGCAUGCCACACCGCCGUCGCUAGAGAGCGAUUCGGCGCUGACGACGACGACGCCUACGCUAAACUCGUCGCAAUCGCAGAGCAUCGAAAAUCGGGCCUCGAUGGGCCACUCCGUCAUCGAAGCUGCGCCGAUGCUGGGGAAUCUCUGCAUUGCCAACCCCGACGAGAUCAGCGCAUCCUCGGGCGCCUCUCCUGUCGUGCAGCCCAAGAUGAUAUCUGAAUCAGUAGUUGUUGAAACUCCCAAGGUCAACGGCGCGACCCUCACUACAGGGGAGCACGAGGCUACUACCGAGGUGCCCGUUGAGCCUGUACCGGUCAUUGUCGAGACGCCUGCUUCGCCUGAGAUGCGGGAGGUGCCUAUUCGAGAUGUUUCUGUUCCCACAACUGUGGUUGAGGCAUCUCCCACUUGGCCUCCACACCCCGCAUCGCCGCCUCCUCCGAAGAUCCAACACUCUCUUCCUCUAACUCCGAAGACUGAGAGACCGUUGUCUAUGACGUCGGAUCAGACGAUCAUAUCGUCACCGGAGAACCAGACGCAGGAACUUCCAUCGUUUAUAGCAUCCGUGUCGAACUUGGCUUCCGCCAUAUCCGUGGAUGACCCUGCUCUGGCGAGAGUCUCUACCAUUGCCAAUCCUCCAUCCCCGCGUCCUGUUUCUGCCACAAUAAACCCUGCCAAGUUGAUGGCUUUCAGCCAGCAUACGUCAGAGUCCGCGAAGCAUCAUGAUGAGUCUCCAAUGAAGGUCAAAGAGAGCCUCCAGCAUGUCAAGUCAUCUAGCGCGACUAAGCGCAGGGAGACGGAGACCUUCAUGCUUGUUCGUAGUCCCUCAGGCAGCUCGCACCAGCAGGGCGAGGUCAUCAUGGGUAUGGGCGAGCAGUGGGAGGUCGUGGAGUCUCCCACGUCUGCUACGUUCGAGGCUGCGAAGAAGGGUCGGAGGAAGGAGCGCUCGGGCUCGAAGGAACGUGAUGCCAUUGUGGGUGGCCGCGAGGCGAAGAUGCAUCGUGCGAGCAACAGCCUCGAUGAAACUGCUCCUCAGAACAGGCGGCAGCGCUCGCAUGACUUCCCCGGGGAAAUGGGCGUGCCGUCGAGCAAGUCUACCCAGAUGCCAACUGUGGACAGCACCCAUCGCGGGUACACAUACGACACUGUCUCAUCCACUCGUAGCCAUGCGCGGUCCCAACUGUCUCACAGAAGGGAAAGCGAGGCACGCUCCACGUCGCGACAUGAACGACAUGCAUCCGCCGGUGCCUGGCCUUCCUCUGGCGUUCACGAUUAUGCGAACACGACCGCCACUAAGGAUGCUCGGGAGACAGACAGGCACUGGAAGACCAGGAGCAUGACCUUCGGGGCCGAUAACUCCGUAGUGACCUCGACGACGAUAGGGGACUCGUCACAGCGCUCGUCACUCACGAGCUCAGACUCACACGGCGCGCGCAUCGAGGCUCUCACUGAACUGCACCGGGCUACAACCCUUCCCUCGAAACACAGCGACGGAUCGCUUCACCACUUUCCCUUACAUGCACCCUACCAAGGCAGCCACACCAUCCCGCAAGUCCAUAUACCCGUUCCUCCGGCCCCUAUUAUCUAUUCCUCCUUACCACCUGCGCAGUCUCCAUCGCGGUCUGGCCGCCGACGAAUUUCUCGCUCCUUCUCUGGACCGUAA